AAAAAAAAAACAGGAACGCCUGCGAGACGCUGGUUUCAGCUAUGUGGCACGGUAGGAGGGGUGUCAGAGGUGGAGGCUACGGUUACAACAUCUCGAUUGUUCGUGUCUACUCCUGCGCCUGAAGUUUCUUCACUGGCCGAGCUGAGAGCAGGACUCCAUUCGGCAGGUCGGAGCUGUGGCACUAAUGAUUCCAAACAGAUUCAGCUGAGCGUCUGCAGCCCAGCCAAGAGGAGGAAGACUGCCGGGGAGCUUGAACGCUAAGCUCAUGAUCUCAAAGAUCUCUAGCUCUCCUGCUGCUCAUCAGAUCCCUGGUGCUGGUAAACACCAAAGCAGAGGCUUUGAUGCAGCGUGUAUGCUGGCUGCUAUGCCUUAUCGGCCUGGCAGGGGCACUUGCCGCGCCGCAGAAAGACCAGGUGGCCCAGCGAGUCGUCCGGGUUUAUCAGACCAAAGAAAACGCCCAGAAAGAGAGAAAGAGCUGGGUGGCCAACAACUGCAAACAGCUGGUAGGUCUCCUUCGUAAGAAAAAUGUGGUCGUCAAGAAGCUGUCCGCUGCCGCCAACACUGUCGCACGAGACCAAAGCCUCUCGGAACCGGAGAAACACUUCCAGAUUCACACUCUGGAGGUGUUUCAGAAGGAGCUGAAUGAGAGUGAAAACCUGGUGUUCCAGGCGAUGCAAAGCCUGCAGAGGGCGCUGCAGGGAGAUUACAAGGAUGUGGUUAAUAUCAAGGAGAGCAGCAGACAGAGGCUGGAGGCUCUCAGGCAGGCAGCCAUAAAGGAAGAACAAGAAUAUGUGGAGCUCGUGGCUGCAGAAAAACACCAGCAGGAGGCCGUUAAGAGUGCUUUGGCCCAGAACAAGGCUCUUUCCAUCCUGGAUGGGAUUCUGGAGGACGUCAGGAGAGCAGCAGACAGACUGGAGGAGGAGAUCGAAGAGCACGCCUUUGACAACAACAAGCAGAUGAAAGGAGUGAAUGUGGAGGCGGUGCUGAGAGUGGAAAAUGAGGAGAAAGGGGGGAAGCUGAAGAAUACAUCCAAACAGAAAGAGGUGGAGGAUGACCUUGGACUGAGCAUGCUCAUCGACUCCCAAAAUAACCAAUAUGUUCUGACUAAACCGCGGGACUCCACGAUGCCAAGAACCGACCAUCACUUUAUCAAGGACCUGGUGUCAGUGGUAAUGCUGUCACUCCCCUGUGGUUGGAUUUGCAGUCUGGUGGGCCUUCCUCCCAUGUUUGGAUACAUCAUUUCCGGGGUUCUGCUUGGUCCUUCGGGUCUCAACAGCAUCAGGUCUAUGGUGCAGGUGGAGACUCUGGGGGAGUUGGGGGUGUUCUUCACUUUGUUUGUGGUGGGACUGGAGUUCUCCCCUGAACGCCUCCGAAAGGUGUGGAAGACGUCGGUUCAGGGGUCGUGCUGCUUGAGUCUGCUGAUGGUUGGAGCUGGUUUGCUGUGGGGGCAGUUUCUGCACAUUCAGCCCACUCAGACUGUUUUUAUCUCCACCUGUCUGUCUCUGUCCAGCACUCCGCUGGUGUCCCGCUUUCUAGCAGGAGGAGGCAAGGUGGACAAAGAAGGUGACCUGGAUUACAGCAGCGUUCUCCUUGGGAUGUUAGUGAUGCAAGAUGUUCAGCUUGGCCUGUUCAUUGCUGUCAUGCCGACUUUAAUCCAGGCGCAGAGUGGAGAUUUGGACGGCUUUUUGUACGGAGGUCUGCGAGUGCUGGGUCUCCUUGCUCAGGUGCUGCUGUCUCUGGCUGCCGUGCUGCUGCUGUGUUCAUUGCUGCGAUCUUACGUGAUUGGCCAGUACUGCAAGAGACUCCACGCAGAGAGCAAAGGCACCAAGGAGAUCCUGCUGCUGGGGAUAACAGCUUUUGUGUUUUUCAUGCUGACGGUAACAGAGCUUCUGGAUGUUUCGAUGGAACUUGGCUGCUUCUUGGCCGGAGCUUUGCUGUCCUCACAGGGACACAUGGUCACAUCAGAGGUCAUGGGGUGCAUCGAACCCGUUAGAGAUUUUCUGGCCAUAAUCUUCUUUGCCUCCAUCGGACUCCACGUAUUCCCAACGUUUGUGUUGUACGAACUAACCUUUCUAAUAGUGCUGACGCUUACACUUGUCAUCAUGAAGUUCCUCAUGGCUGUACUGGUUCUGUCCGUCAUUUUGCCUCAGAACUCCAGACACAUACGAUGGAUUGUCUCGGCUGGUCUGGCUCAGGUCAGCGAGUUCUCCUUUGUUCUGGGCAGCCAGGCCCGCCGAGCAGGCAUCAUCUCUAGAGAGGUGUACCUGCUGGUCCUCAGUGUCACCACUCUGAGUCUGCUGUUGGCUCCAUUGUUGUGGAGAGUCACCACGCAUAGAUGGGUUCCACGAAUGUAACAGAAACCCGGACAGCGUGAGUUUAUCGGAGCUGCCGACGACAGCACAAGAUAUCCUACUUGCUUUGUACUGAAUGUCGUCUGCGUCACAAAAGAAAAAAAACAUAAGACUACAGUUUAAGAGCUGACAUAUUCCUCAAUCAUUUCCUACUGUUGUAUAGUCUUUUGUUUGUUUUAUAGUCUAUAUUUAUUUCCAUUUAAAGCACACACUCCAACAGACAGGUGAAGGCUCUUUCAGUUAGACAAACUGUUGGUACUGCAUUCCAGAUGCUGUAAACUACUGUUGUUUUUGAAAUUGUUCAGGGAAUGUCAUUAUUUAUGUAAACAUGUAUAUAAAUGUGGAUGUUCUGUAGAUGAGGGUGAAGGAUCGCAAUCCUUCAGUUGCAUCUCAGCUUGUUUUGCUGAUUUCGGUGAAUGAAAGAAUAGGAGAAAAAGGUUGCAGGGCAGCUGCGCUCACUUCACAUGAAGGUGGUGGGUUCAAGGACCAACAAUAUUUAGGAUCUCCUGUCAUUGCUUCAGCAUCUGCAGUUUACUUUGUAGAUGCAUUUUCCCCAGAGGGGGAUAAAAGGGGAAAAUUAAUAGAAGCAAUGAACGCUCAAAUAAAUAAUCUAAAGCAAACUGCUAAUAGUUUUUUUUCUACGUUCUAUUUAUUAAAGCAUUUUGAAGGUUCUUUGCAACUUCCUACUGUUUCGAAAAAAAAGCCCAACAAAUCAAUCCGAGAUAGAAAUGACAGGUGAAGUCUGUCACAUUGACUGUCUGAUUAUUAUGUCACCAGACAGUCAUGAUGAAGCCUCUCUGAUACUGCAGCUCUUGUUGGGUGUUCCUGUUUCCAGGAGUGUUUUGGUUUUGUACUCUUAUUUUCUCACAUGGAUUACCAGGUUAAUGUGCAUCAUCUACCUGCAUCUAUGGCACCAGGAUGCAUUGUGGGAAGUAAUGUUUUACUUUCCUUGGGGGGGAAAAAACAACAAAAGAUACUUUCUAUUUCACACUGCUAAAAUACUGAGAAUGUGGGUCAUGAAAGACCUGGGGGGGAAAAAAGAUUCUUCAGUCAUUUGUGAUCAUUUUUAUGUUGGAUUGAAGAAAAAUCCUUCACUAGUUAUUCCUGAAUGUCAAAUUUCUGUGCCUUUUGAACUCACCUCUGCAAUUAAAACAUACACCACAGAGCCAAAAUGAUAAAAAAAAAUGAAACUCAGAUGGUUUCUACAUAUUUGUAAUAUGUAGGUCACCUGAGCAACAAAUUCAGUCUUGAAUCACAAUUAGAUGUUCCAAACUCAACUGUGAGUGGCGUUACAGCUAAGUGGAAGCGUGGGUCAGCUGAUACUCUAGCUCUAAUCCUACUAAUUUAAGAUUAGCUCAAGAACGUCACAGAUUUUAGGCAGCACUUUUACUUUUGACGUGCAAUGUAAUGGUGUGUGGGUGACUGUACACUCCCAUUUCUAUUUCUAAUUAUGUUCCAUCAUACAUAUGUCAUGUUUUUCCAUGUUCUGAUGUGUGUUGUUGAAGCUGUUUGUUGUGCCUUUGGAGCUUUUUUUUAUUUAUUAAAAAUUGGGUGAAAAAUAA